AUGUCAAACAAGAAAGUAAUAAAUGAUUCAACAAUUUUAAAUAAAAAAUUAUCUUCUGAAACUUUAUUAUAUCAAAGAAAAGAUUUAAUUCAAGUUACAUUAUCAUCUCAAGGAUUAGUUAUUACAAAUAAUAGAAUUAGUCAACAAUCAAGUUCAUCAAGUCAAGAUAGUGAUUCUUAUGAAGAUGAUAUACCAAAUACAAGUUAUUUUGGUAAAUUUUUCAAAAAUUGUUUUGGAUUUGAAUCACCACAUAUAACAACUGUACCAAAAUUUAUAUCUUUUAAAAAUAUUCUUUAUAUUGAACCAAUUAAUCAAGAAGAACAGGAUUCAAAUGAAUUAAAAUUAACUUAUGUCAUACCAAAUAGUGAUGAUAUUUUGAAAAAAGCAACAAAUUUAUCUAUUCACAAUAUAAAUAUUCAAAUUCAAAAUUAUAAUAACCACUCCAACCCAAAUGAAUCAAUAUCUCAAUACGUAAUGAAUAAAUCAUAUCCAUCCAAAAUAUUACAAACUCCUUCCAUAUUAGUAAUUAUAAAUCCACAUGGAGGUCAAGGAAAAGCAAUAUCAAUAUAUAAUGACCAAAUAAAACCAAUUUUAGUAGCAGCACAUUGUAAAAUAACAUUUAUGGAAACUAAAUAUUCACAACAUGCAAUAGAUAUAGCAAAAAAUUUAAAUCCUAAAGAAUUUGAUCUCAUAUUAUGUUGUUCAGGUGAUGGAAUACCUCAUGAAAUUAUUAAUGGUUUAUAUCAACGUCCAAAUCAUGGGAUAGAUGCUUUCAAAAAAUUAAUUAUAACUCAAUUACCUUGUGGUUCAGGUAAUGCUUUUAGUUUAUCUACUCUUGGUGGAUCUAAAUCAACAGAAAUAACAACUUGGUUAAUGCUUAAAUCACAACCAAAACCAUUGGAUUUAAUGGCCAUUACUCAAACUACAGAUUCACAAGAUGUUAAAGUAAGUUUAAGUUUUCUUUCACAAUGUUUUGGAAUUAUAGCUGAUGCAGAUUGUGGAACUGAACAUUUAAGAUGGUUAGGAUCUAUUAGAUUUGAAAUUGGAAUUGCUCAACGAUUAUUUGGUAAUUCUAAAUAUCCAUGUGAUUUAUAUGUUGAUGUAGUUACUAAAGAUCAAACAGAAAUUAAAAAUCAUGUUAAAGAUCAUUUAGAAAAUGAUAAACACCCAAAGGAAUUAGAAUUAAAAGAUUUGGAAUUGGAGAAUACAGUGAUUGAUGAAGUUCCUUCUAAUUGGCAUAAAAUAUCUAAUGAAAUAACAGAUAAUUUAAAUAUUUUAUAUGUUGGAAAAAUGCCUUAUGUAUCAUCAGAUGCUCAAUUUUUUCCCGCAGCAUUACCAAAUGAUGGAUAUAUGGAUAUGAUAAUUACUAAUCAAAAAACAUCAAUAAUUGAUUUAACUUCAAUUUUAUUAAGUGUUGAAAAAGGUACACAUAUUGAAUUUGAUGAAUCAAAAAUUAUACAUGCUAAAAUUAAAAAAUAUAGAUUAGUACCUAAAAUGAAUAAUAAUGGUGGUAAACAUUUUAUAUCAAUUGAUGGUGAACUGUUUCCAUUUAAAUCAUUUCAAGUUGAAAUUAUUUCUGGUAUGAUGAAUGGAUUAUUAUUAGAUGGGAAAUUUACAGAAUCAAGUUUAACUAAAUAUUAA